AACACUCAACAUUCCUCCUCCUUAAUGUGUGACGCUUAUGUCAGCUGGGAUGGCUGGUAUCGUCUAUUCAUUGGUGGCCAGAGCGGUCAGAUGCCAGACACAUGUGUUGAUCAGAAUAGGUGUAGUACUCAUGCCCCGCUGUGGCUAAAUGGUUCACAUCCACAAGUCGAGGAUGGAGUGGUCACCCGAAAUGUCUGCGGUCACUGGAACAAUGACUGCUGCUAUUUCCAAUCUAAUCCCAUUAAAGUGAAAGCCUGCCCAGGAAAUUACUACGUCUAUGAGUUUGUUAGACCAAAUUUCUGCUAUGGGGUCUACUGCGCAGGUAAACAAAUCUGCAUUCGACCAUUUUAUCCAUUUGGAACUGGAGACACAGAGAAUGAUCGUUCUGACGAUGGAAUUUCACCAGGGAUCUCCCUUCUGCAACAGUUCGUAUUUUUUGGACAGGCAUACAACCAAGUAUAUAUCAAUAACAAUGGAUAUUUGAAUUUUGAUUGGCCAUGGAACAGCUACAUUCCAUACCAGUUCCCAAGUUAUGGUGUAAGAGACCUCAUCGCUCCAUUCUGGACAGAUAUUGAUAACCGUGACAAUGGUGUUAUUUCAUAUCGUCAGUACACCUCUGGCAGUGUCCUUACAGAGGCCACACAAGACAUUAACCAAUAUUUCCCUGCCCUGAGCUUCUCUGCUACUUGGGUCUUUGUUGCAACAUGGGACAAAGUUGCAUAUUACCCUCUAUCAGGAACAGAAACAUCUUUCCAAGUGGUUUUGAUUUCAGAUGGCCAUUUCUCAUUUGUUUUGAUGAAUUAUGGAACAAUAUCUCCAACUCAACGAUAUGUACAGGCUGGUUAUGAUACCAUCAGCUCUAGAUACCACUUCUCAAUUACUGGAUCGCUACAGAGUAACAUCACAAGCUUAACAUACAGCAGCAAUGUCAAUGUGCCAGGCAGAUGGGCUUUCAGAACAGAUAAUGGAUUACAGGGUUGUCAGUUUAAUGGUAAUAUUAUUUCUGAUGUAUUCCAGUGCAACUUGGAGACUCUUUCUGGAGUGAUGCCACCUGCCAGCAGAGAUGCACCUGUACCAGCAGCGGCCUCCAGUGUAGCCAGGAGCCCUGCAGUUAUUCCCAAGCCUGCCGUCCAGCUUCCUUCCAGUUAA